UGUAACAAACCUGCACGUUCUGCACAUGUACCUCAGAACUUAAAGUAUAAAACAAAAUCCAAGGUAUUCAGGCAAAAAUUAGCAUGAUUGAUAGAAGAAUACCUUGUAUCUCAGUACUGACGUUGAAUGUAAAUGGCCUCAAUACUUCACUUAAAAGAUAUAGAAUGACAGAAUGGCUGAGAAUUAACCAACCAAGUAUCUACUGUCUUCAAGAGACUCACCUAACACAUAAGGAUUCACAUAGACUUAAGUAUUCAAUGUCUUUUGAAGAUGUGGCUGUGACCUUUACCCAGGAGGAGUGGGCUUUGCUGGAUCUUUCUCAAAAAAGUCUCUACAGAGUUGUGAUGCACGAAAUCUUCAGGAACCUGGCUUCUGUAGGAAACAAGUCAGAAAACCAGAAUAUGCAAGAUGACUUCAAAAGUCCUGUGAGAAAUCUAAACAGUCAUAUGGUAGAGAGAUUGUUUGAAAUUGAAGAAGGCAGUCAGUGUGGAGAAGCCUUCAACCAGGAUUCAAAUUUUAAUCUGAAUAAGAAAAUUUCUACCGGAGUAAAGCCAUAUGAAUGCAAUGUGUGUGGGAAAGUCUUCAUAUGUCAUUCAGCCUUUCAUAGGCACAUCAUAUCUCAUACUGGAAACACUGAGUGUGUGGAAUAUCCAGAGAACUUAUAUAAAUGCAAACAAUGUGGGAAGGCCUUUAUCUCUCUCAAAAGUGUUGACAGACACAUGGUAACACACACUAGUAAUGGACCUUAUAAGAGUACAGUAUAUGAGAAGCCUUUUGAUUUUUCCAGUGUAUUUCAAAUGCCUCAGAGCACUUACACUGGAGAGAAGACAUAUAAAUGUAAACAUUGUGAUAAAGCCUUCAGUUAUUUAAGUUAUCUUCAUGAACAGACUCAUACUGGAGAAAAACCUUAUGCAUGUAAGAAAUGUGGUAAAUCAUUCACUUUUUCCAGUUCUCUUCGACAACAUGGAAGAUCUCAUACUGGAGAGAAACCCUAUGAAUGUAAGGAAUGUGGCAAAGCCUUCAGUUGUUCCGCUUAUUUGGGAAUACAUGAAAGAACCCAUACUGGAGAAAAACCCUAUGAAUGUAUAAAAUGUGGCAAAGCCUUUAGAUGUUCCAGAGUCCUUAGCGUACAUGAAAGGACUCACAGUGGAGAAAAGCCCUAUGAAUGUAAGCAAUGUGGUAAAGCCUUCAAAUAUUCUAGUAACCUUUGUGAGCAUGAAAGAACUCAUACUGAAGUGAAACCUUAUGGAUGUAAGAAAUGUGGUAAGUUAUUUACUUUUUCCAGUGCCCUUCGAAGCCAUGAAAGGACUCAUACUGGGGUAAAACCCUACGAAUGUAAGAAAUGUGGUAAAGCUUUCAGUUGUUCCAGUUCCCUUCGGAAACAUGAAAGAUCUUAUAUGUGGUAAACAACAACAAUGCGCCUCUAUGUGAGAAGUGUGUUAAAGUGUUCAGAUAUUCUAAUUUCAUUAGAACAUGUGAAAAAAUUAACUCACACUAGAGAGGAACCCAAAACAUGUAAGGACUGUUAGACUGUAUGCAAUUUUCCUAGUUCCCUUCUAAAACAUAGAAGAACCCAUACUGGGAAAGAACCUCAUAAAAUGCAAGAAAUUUUUUAAAGCAUUUAAGUUUUCCAGUCACUUUCAAAUAUAUAAAAUAAUUCACAAUGGAUAAAAACAUUGUAAUUUAGCC